GAAUAUCAUAGUUGGUAAAUGAGCUUAAUUAGGAGUCUCUGUACAGUUUCCAUGAAUAGAGCGAACAAUUUGUAUGAGAUUGUAUAUUUUAUAGUGCUUAUCAAAAGGGCUUUGUUAUAUUUUCCAUUUGCACCAUUUAUUUAUUUGUUAAUACUUUAUCAACAAGGAGGACAAGAUUUAGAAGCAAAAGACAGUAAAAUCAACAGUUUUGGCGAUGACAUAUACUUUCGCCGCCAAAAGUAUCAGGGACGAAAUUUUAAGUGCUAAGGAUACAAUUUGCGAAGGACCAGUUCGUCGCUGAAGAAUGUUUUGCGACGGACUUUAACGUCGCGUAAGGAAGUGUUUUUGCGACGAUACUUCGUCGCGAAUGGUUUGUACCGCGACGACAUAUUUCGUCGCCAAAAUAUAGACUUUCCGCGACGAACAGCAUAUUCUGCGACGGAUGCAUAAAUUUUGUCGCAGAAAUCUUUGGCGACGCGGUAUAAGCGACGGUCAGAUAACUCCUUUCGCGACGCUAUAUUUCGUUGCAGAUAGAUACAGCGACGGAUUUCAAUACUUUUAGCGACAAAUUUUACCGUCGCUAAAAGGGGGAUUUCUUGUAGUGAAGCUAAUUAAUGCAUUAAGUAGGGACCAAAUCAAUUAAUGCUUUAGUUUGCGUUUAAGGUUUUGAGAAAAGAUUUAUAAUGCAAUUAAUGCAGGCAUGUGUUGGGAAGGCAAGCUGCAGCAUUCAUGGCGAUUAUAUCGUUUCAGAACUUAUUUCGUAGAAAAGAUAGUUAGAUUUCUGUGUGUUGAAAAACAUACCUUCGCUUACGAUAAAUUGAGAGAGAAUAUAGAGAGAGUGAAGGAUCAGUUGUAGUUUGUCUUGCAGGUACCUCAGGUACCCGACUUCAGGUCAAGAGAUCUCUGUCGCUGCGUGCUAUUGGGUUUUAGUGAAGAUUGAUUGCAUGGGUUGUUGGGUGUUAGGGAAAGUUAAUGAAAGUUAUGAUCAAUCACAAAGAAAAUGUUUGGCUAUCACUCAGUUUAUAAGAUACACUCAACCAAAUAAGGCCUUAACUUUAACACUUGUUAUUACAAAAAAGAACACAACACACUUUUUUUCUUUACUUUUUGUGCUCUCUCUACUCAUUCCGCAUUGAGUAAGCAUACACAUAAAUUCAUAUGAAGUGAUAAAAACAAAAAAUAAAUGACAACUCAAUAAUAAUACAAGUGAACCAUGUAUUAAUUUGGUUUUUAUCAUGUCUAGUAGUUGCAAAUAGGAGUUAAAGUUUCUUGUGAGAUUGUCUUUCCAUGUGAGGUUAUUCUUCUCCAAUUUAACUAACAUCAUUUGAUCAUGAAUGCACCAAUUUUGUUACAUCACUAAUUUCAAAUUACCUUUUAACACCCACCUCUUAAUUUGCAAUAUGGAGUACCUCUUUGAACUUCUCGAAUUUUUCACCGGUGGUCACCUUUAUCAUGAUAUCUGCUAACUUGCGUGAAACACUAAUUUUUUUCCAUCACUAUGGCUCACAUGUUGUCACACUGAAUAAUAAUUGGACCAAUUUCACUUCAAUGCAGAUCAGAAAUUAAUCUUUUUAGCCAUAUUGCUCAAUAUGAUGCAUCUGUAGCUGCGAUAUAUUCUGCUUCCGCUGAACAUAAAGACACAAUCUUCUAUUUCUUUGAACUCCAGAAAAUGGGGUUUGAACCCAAAUAUGUACCCCCAAUGUGAUUUUUUUAUCAUCCAGCGAUCCUACCCAUUCACUAUCGGUAAGUCUAGUCGGCUUGCUUUCUGUUUCUUUCUUGAACGUCAGACCCAAGUUCUUCGUUACAUGAAGCUACCACAAAUUCUUUUGGCUGCUGCAAAAUGAAGUUUACUAGGUUUAUUCAUAAAUCUUGUAUGUGUCCGGUAAAUAAUAAUUCGAGAAGACUUUUGUACAACUUUCCAUAGAAGUUUUUAGAUCAAUCAUUGUUUUGCCACUUCUCAUUCAAUGCCAAUGGUGUUGCGACAGACUUGUUGUUGCCAUGCGAAAUAUUUUGAGCAUAUCUUUUGUGUACUUCUCUUGAGAAAUAAAAUUUGAUGUAGGUGCCUACUUCACCUUGAAUGCUAAGAAAAUACUUCAUGAGUCCGAAGUCCGUCAUCUCGAAUUCUUUCAUCAUGAUACUUUUGAAAUCGUCAAUCAUCUGCUGACUUGUGCAUGUGUAAAUCAAGUCAUCCACAUUAACACAAUGAGAAAACCUUUUCCUUCUCCCUUUUUUAUAUCAAGACAAGCUUCACUCGGACUUCUUUGAAAUCCGUUAUGCAGAAAAUAUCGAUCAAUUAUGAUGUUCCAUGCUUUUGGUAUUUGCUUCAGCUCGUAUAAAGCUUUUCGGAGAUGAUAAACUUCAUCUUCUUAUCCUUUCUUUUCACAACCCCAUGGUUGUUUCACACAGACUUCUUCUUCUAGUUCUUCAUUAAAAAAUCAUUAUUUGCAUCCAGCUAGUAUACUAGUAACUCCAUGUUAGCAGCUAGAGUGAGAACUAUUAUGAUUAGGGGUGGCUAUACGGUCCGGUCCGGUUAAAUUGGCCCAAAUUGACCCGGUCCAGUCCGGUCUUUUUGAAAAUAUAAGGACCGAAGAUUGGAUUGGAUACAGUCUGGUCUUGAUCCGGUCCGGUUUUGAUCCGGUCUGGUCCCAAUUCGGUCUUGAUUUUACAUUGAGAUUGUGGGAUUUGAGUGGCCUAAGGCCUUAAAGGGUGAGGAGUUGGUUAAGUUUUGUACUAAGUGCAAAGGUUUGUGACCGUUUAUGCAAAUUACCCUUAAGUUUUGGGUGUUGAGCUCUCUUAUCCGGUUUUUUACCUCAAAUCUAAGCCCAAAGAUUGGAUUGGAUUGUUUACUAUUCGGUCCCGGUCCGGUCUUGGUCCGGGUUAUACGGUCCGGUUUCCGGUUUUUAAUCCGGUCCCGGUCAAAAUAGCCACCCCUAAUUAUGAUGGUCUCCCUCCUUGCUAUUGGUUCAUAUGUCUGUGAAAAUCAAUACUAGGCUGUUGUGCAUAGCCUUUUGCCACCAUUUGUGCUAUGUGCUUCUAGAUAGAAUCAUAUUCAUUGAAUUUGGCUUAGAUAUAUAUUUGACACCUGCGAUCAGCUUGUCCGAUGGUUAAUCAAUAAACCCAUGUCUUGCUUUUCUCGAUCGACUACAAGAAAAACAUGGUUUAAAGUCGGUUCCUUUGUGUCUGUUCAUUUAACUUAUGCAAAACUGUUCAUUUUGAAUCCCUAUUUUGUGUUCGUUAAGUAAUCGACGCAAAUUCUAUGGAUUUGUGAAAAUUAUGUAAGAAUCGACACAAAUUUUCCUUGUUCUGUGUUGGUUAUCAAAUAAACUAACACAAUUUUUUGUGAAUUUGUAUCGGUUGUAUUGGUAACCGACCAAAAUUUCACUCGAUUUUUUACUCUAACUUGAAAAAAUCUAAUUUUUUAGUAGGCGCCAAUUUUCCCUCUCAACCUCUCCAAUCUCCCUCAUGAUUUUGCCCAAAAAAUUGAAACAUUCCUGCCUCAAAAGUUAAUUUUCUCCCCAAGUUUUGUGAGCCAACACCCUUUCUUCACUCCUUCUAUCCAUUUUUUGUUCUUCUCAUUCUAACAUUUCACAGAUCUUCCCCUUUUCUUAUUCUUCCUCUUUGCCCAAAAUCCAAUCCUCAACGAUGACAAAAAUCCAUUACUCCUCACAUUCGAUCCACUCUGAAAUACGCCCCUCAGUCUUAUCACUCCUUAUCACAACUUUACUCCAUCCAUGGCGAUGGACUCCUCCUCCAUUGGCCAGGACAGAUCAGACAUUUUCCUUCCAGCGACAAGCAUCGCAGCUUUAGACCAUGAUGGCGACAAAAGAGGGAGAGCAUUUAGACAUGCAUUCAUCGUAGGCCCUCUCUCACCGACCUUGAUUGAUUUCCGUCGUACUCCCCUAUUCCUUAGCGAGACCUGGCGACGAAUUGGCGAUCAUGGCGGAGAGAUGGAGAGCUUUUGAGCAUGAUGGCGGUGACAAUUUGGGUGCUGGAGCUAUGGACCAUGUCAGCAUGGACGAUUAGUCAGCUAGAGCUUUGGACCACGACACGAGCGAAGAUUCGGGUGCUGGAGCUUCCAUCUAAUUUUCAAAAAAAUUUCCUAUGUUUGCAUAUUCGGCCCUUGUUGUGAAAUCUGAUUUUUAUUUUUAUUUUCUUGUUUCAAAACUUGUUCUUGUUUUUGUUGAUUUUUAUGCUUGUGGAUGGUUGUUGAAACUAAUUCUGGGAUUUAUGGAGGGGUCUCUGAUUCAUAUCAAUUCUAGAGAAUGAGAGAAGGACAGAAGGGAGAUCGAUAGAUCUCAAGUGAUGAGCAAUCUAGAAUUUGGAAUCGAGAAGCUACAUCGACGAGGAUAUGGUAAAAAGGACCUGGUGACGGAUCUAGUUUGGUGGUGAAUCAGUACUGGGUGGGGGCAAAUCUGUAAUGGUGGGGCAAGCAAGAAAAGUUCGCGGUGCUAAUUUUGUUUUAAAUAAAGAAAUAAAUUCUGUUAAUUGGAGUCAAUUCAACUGAUACAAAUGGUCAAUUAAUUCAAAAAAUGAAAUUUCCUAAUAAAUAAGUAGAGCCGGUUCAAAAUGACGCAAAAAUUAUUUGUGUCGGUUAUUCCAGUGGUUGUCCAAACCCGACACAGACCCAAUUAGUGUCGGCAGGUUUAGAGUCAGUUCAAUGAACCAGCGUAAGCACCUAAAAUAACCGGCAGUAAGCCAUGUUUUCCUUGUAGUGAUCAUGGGAAUUUAUGCAUCCAUUGAAUUGGUCCAGACUUCUUCUUUUGCUACUUCUUCAUAGACUUGAGAUUCAUAAGAAAAAUAUGCAACCUGACUCGUUUCAUAAAUUCUCUUAAAGUUCUUGUGCUUAACGAUGGUGAAAUUGAGUCUAUUAAGUCAUGUCUUAAGUCCUCUCCCCCUAUGCAGCUUGUUGAGUUGCUUUCUAGACUUGCAAUUGGAUCUGGUUGGUUUCUGGUGUGUGGUUUAGUUGCCGAGUCUUGCAAAAUUUUAUAACUUGGUGGAGAUUGAGAAAUUGGAUGUUCAGAAUUUCACUGUGCCAUCUCCAGAAUCACCAUUUCGCUUACUGGAUUGUAAAGAGUAAAGAAGAUAAACUUUGGUUUCAUCACUGUAGCCGGUGAAGAUCUUCUCUCCCUUCUUGUCAAACUUGUCUCUUUUGGGUUAGAGAUAUGUGCAUAAGCUAUGCACCAAACACUUUGAGUUGAUCUACAUGUGGCCUCCUGUGGUGCCAAACAUGUAUCGGUGUCUUGUUUUGAACUGCUCUACUUGGUGAUCGAUUGAGGAUGUAAAUUAUUGUAUUGACUGCUUUGGCCCACAAGUUGUUGGCUAGCUUUUUGGCUCGGAGCAUACUUUUUGCCUUCUCCACAAUUGUAUGGUUUUCCGUUCUGCCACACCAAUUUGUUGUUGUGUGUAAUGGACUGUCAACUACGUCUUGAUUUUAUUGUUGCGGCAAUACUCCAUGAACGGAUUAUAAAUAAAAUUUUCAUCCACGAUAUGUUCAUAGGUUUUUAGUCUGAUGGUCGGUUUUCCUUCUCCGUUGGUACUUGAAAUUGAAGGAAUUUGGAAAAGGCUUCUGACUUUUUCUCCAUAAAGAAUACCCACAUCAUUCUUGUGGAGUCAUCAUUUAUGCUGAGUGACUGUGUUCUGGUUUGACCGUAUAUGUUUGCAUGUACCAACUCCAUUUGCGCUUUUGCUCUAUAAGAUGUUUUUGGAAACGGUAACUGAUGCAUUUUGCCAUACAUGCAUCUUUCAGAGAUCUUAUCUUCUCUGUUGAUCUGAGGAACUUCCACCGCCAUAGUUUUCUGCUUUAGCAAUUUGAGGCAUUUGAAGUUGAGAUGACCGUAUCUGAGAUGCCAUAGGAAUUGUUUUUUUAUAAUCACCGAGACUUCGGCCACCUUGGAAUUUUUAGUGUUUUUUAUAAUUUCAAACAUGUCAUUAUCAAAUAAUAGCUUCUAAUUCUU